AUGCUGUCCUUGACAAUUUUGGACAGCAUUAUCAGCCAUUUCAGGCGGGUACAUAGAGAAGAUCCUAAUUUCUUUGUUACAUGUGGCAUUAAUGGAUGUGGAAGAACUUACAAGAAAUUUUAUGGGUACAGAAGUCACGUACACAGAGUGCACAGAGGAUUUCUACGAGUUGCACGUGACGUUAAACAACCUCAGGAUUUAGUGCAAGAUAUUGAGCCUGAAGAGCAAGCUGGUGAUUUGCUUAUUGAUGAAGCACUUUUUGAAGAAGACAAAGACGAUAUCCAAAAUGAACAGUUAAGAAACACGAGUGCAGCAUAUCUUUUGCGAAUCAAGGAAACACACAAUCUCUCACAAAAAGCUUUGGAUGACAUUGUACAGAGUACCAGUUCUCUUGUCUCUACUGCUGUUAAGUCAGUAUGUAUAAAUAUUGCCAAUAAGCUUUUGAAUAUGGAGGAAGAGGAAAAUCAUGUGAUACAAAACAUAACAUGGCAAACUUUAUUUGAGGAAAAUUCUGAGAAGGCAAGCCCAUUUCAAAACCUUGAAACAGAAAAUAGACAAAAACGAGCAUUUAAAGAAAUCUUUGGUCUUGUUGAACCUGUGAAACGUGUGCUUGGAAACUUCCAUGGUCAUCGACAGAAAGGUCCAAAAAGAAGAAGGGUUCAACUAAAUGAUGAAGUCAUUGAGAUCCCUCUUCUUGAAAGUUUAGAGCAGUGGUUGAACAACCCCUCAAUUUUGAAACAGGUGGAAAACUCACAUCAACGACAUGAUGAGAUGAUUGCUGAUUAUUGUGAUGGUCAGGUUUACCGCCAGCACCCUCUUUUCUCUAGGGACCCACAUGCUUUACAGAUUAUAUUGUAUUAUGAUGAUGUUGAAGUUGUGAAUCCACUGGGCAGUAAAACCUCAAAACAUAAAGUUGGCGUUUUUUACUAUACUCUUGGGAAUAUUGACCCUAAGCACCGAUCCCAGCUAAAGGCAAUGCAGCUUCUGGCAAUUGCAAAGAGAACUGUGAUCAAGAAGUAUGGAUGCAAUGAAAUUCUUCAAACAUUCAUGACAGAGCUCAAUCAGUUAGAGCAGGAUGGAGGAUACCAGUUUAUCAUAAAUGGGGAAAGAAAGUCUUUGAGAGGAACCAUCAGCUUUGUUUCUGGUGAUAAUUUGGCAUCCCAGGAGAUUGGAGGCUUUAAAAUUGGAAGCUGUUCUGCACUGAAGUGCAGAGUUUGCAUGGGAGAUGCAAAUGAUGUGGCUUCAAAGUUUGUGGAAGACGAUUUCCAAUUACGCACCAAAGCAAUGUAUGAUCAGCAGUGCACAGCCAUUGAAAAUUCAGCCAUUGACAUUUCUUCACAGUUUGGAAUAAAUCUGAGAUCAGCCCUGAACCAGUCACGAUACUUCCAUGUCAUAGAAGGUCUUCCGGGUGAUGCAAUGCAUGAUGUCCUUGAGGGGCUUCUUCAAUAUGAAGUCAAAGAACUCCUCAAAUAUGCUAUAUAUGAGCAGCAGUUUUUCACUUUGGAAAAUUUAAAUUGUUGGAUUAAAAAUUUUGAUUAUGGUUAUCCAGAUGUUUCCAACAAACCAUGUGUUAUAUCAAGUGCCACCCUAAAUUCCAACACUAAUUCUCUCAAACAAAAAGCUUCACAGAUGUGGUGCCUUGGCCGUUUCCUUCCAUUGAUGAUGGGCAGCCAUAUCCCUCGUGAUGAUGAGAAGUGGGGUCUCUUCUUAAAUCUUUUGGAAAUAGUGGACAUUGUUUUUGCUGAUGCAGUCACACUUGAUAAAGCAGCUUACUUAAGGGAUUUAAUCACAGAUCACCAUACUAGCUUUACCCAAUUGUACCCAAAUUCCUCUGUGAUUCCAAAGAUGCACUAUAUUCUUCAUUACCCCAGGACAAUGGUAAGGCUUGGUCCCAUGGUACGGUCCUGGACAAUGAGAUUUGAGGCAAAGCAUGAAAGACUCAAACGGCUGGCCACAUCCCUUGGCAAUUUCACCAAUAUUCCUUGGACGCUGGCUCUUCGUCAUCAGUUGAGGCAGUGCUAUGAAAUAUCAGGCACUAAGCAUGGUCAUCCAUCAAUUGAAAAGUCUUUGGAAGUAGGCCCAGGGACUCAGAAAGAAGCUAACAGGGCAGCAUACUUCAACAUGCUUCUUGAGAAGCUUGACACCCUGGAAGGUGAAGACCUAAUUCAUGAGGCAAAAUGGUGCAUGGUCUUUGGUACCAAAUAUAAAAAAGGUGCAGCUGUCCACACAGGAGGAGAUGGGCUCUUACCACAGUUCUCACUGAUAGACAAAAUUGUGACAGUUCCUGGGAAAGAUGCUUCACAGGUCUUUUUUGUUUUGAAAGAAAUUGUUACCCAUCAUUAUGAAGUCCACUUGCAUGCAUAUCAUGUGAAGGUUUUAAAUGAUGGAGCAGUCAGUGUCAGGAGCCAAGAAGAACUCACAACAUUUAGGCCUUUGCAUAUUUGUAGAAGUAUUGGGGACAAUCAAUCCAGUUUUAUCUGCCCUAAAAGUGAUGUGGAUGUUUACAAUGAGCAGAUAUAG